AUGAGUUCCAGUGAUGUGAAAUCCAACGCCCGCAAGUUCCACAAAUCUCGCCCCUCUGCUGCCAUGAGAUACCGUAAGAAGACACCAAGGCCUACAAUUCGUUUGGCGGCCUUCGCCCAAUAUUGCCGAAGCAUUGUUAUGGACAGUGUAAUCUACCGGACUAUCAUCCUCAGAGGGUGUGUUGCUCCGACAUGCAAAAUGCCUCGACGACAAAGUCCCAGACAGCAGUGA